AUGACGCCGAAACGAAAGAGAACCGACGCCCAUCCUCCACCUCCGAUACCUGAGAUGCCUGAUACGGCCCCCAGACGAAGCAGUCGAAGAUUGAAAGACACCACUGCCAAUGUGGAUGAACGAUCGAAGUGUCAAGACCUCACAAAGGCUACCCCAAUGAGAGCAGCUAACCCGAGGAGAUCAAAGGCUGUCUGGGACACAGGCGAAGGUGUCGAGGAAGCUAUGCGAGAAUUGAGUAAGAUGGAGCAAAAGUUACAGACCGCAGUGAGGACACAACGGCUUGCAAUUGAAUCGUCAGAUCUUCAUGUGAAGGAGGAAGCCUUCAACGAACCUGACAUUCGGCCCAAAAUGUAUACGCCGAACCAGAAAACUAUCUCUGCUCGCCAAAAUCUGGAGGGAAAGUCAGAUGCUGUCACAGGAACAUCGACAGCACCUUUAGAUGCGGAAGAUGCCAAAGUCGCUGCUGGUGAUGUCGCUGAGGCUGGGGAAGAAGAAAGCGCUGAGCGAGGUGCCAACAGGCCACCUCCUGUGAACAGUGACACUCUUCCUUUACCAUGGAAAGGGCGAUUGGGAUAUGCAUGUUUAAAUACAUAUUUACGCAACGCAAAUCCUCCUGUAUUCUCAUCGAGAACAUGUCGCAUGGCAUCCAUCAUUGAACAUCGACAUCCGCUCGCAAACCCAGAUGAACCAGAACAUGCAACCAAGAACCGACCAGACAGAAACCAGCCUGCUGACCAUGACCGAGGCCUCAAGUAUGUACAAGAGCUGGGCUUGGCCAAUGCCCGAGACAUUGUCAAAAUGAUUCGAUGGAACGUCAAGUACGGCAUUAGAUUUAUGAGGCUUAGUAGCGAGAUGUUUCCUUUCGCAAGCCAUAAGGAACACGGAUAUAAGCUGGCUCCUUUUGCUUCCGAGGUACUCGCAGAGGCUGGCAAAGUGGCAGCAGAAUUGAACCAUCGUCUUACGACACACCCCGGACAGUUUACACAGAUCGGUAGCCCUCGUAAGGAAGUGGUCACUGCUGCCAUACGCGAUCUGGAAUACCACAGCGAAUUGCUUUCCCUGCUCAAACUCCCUGAGCAGCUUAAUCGCGACGCAGUCAUGAUUCUUCAUAUGGGAGGUACUUACGGCGAUAAGAAUGCAACACUUGAUCGAUUCAGAGAGAACUAUGCCAAACUCUCGGAUGGGGUCAAGGCCCGAAUGGUAUUGGAGAAUGACGACGUUGCAUGGAGUGUACAUGAUUUAUUGCCCAUCUGCGAGGAGCUAAACAUUCCCAUGGUCCUUGAUUAUCACCACCACAACAUCAUCUUCGACUCAUCGAUAAGGGAGGGUUCUAUGGAUAUCAUUGACUAUUACGGUCGCAUCAAAGCGACAUGGACCAGAAAGGGAAUCACCCAGAAAAUGCAUUAUAGUGAGCAGACGGCUGCUGCUGUUACUCCCCGAGAUCGUCGCAAGCAUUCCGCCCGGGUCAAGACUCUGCCACCUUGCGAACCUGAUAUGGAUCUCAUGAUUGAAGCCAAGGACAAGGAGCAAGCUGUUUUCGAGUUGAUGCGUACUUUCAAGCUGCCAGGUUGGAAUACCUUUAACGAUGUUGUACCUCACGAUCGUCAAGACGAGUCACGAAAAGCAAUCAAGAAAAAGGCCAAGAAGGGUAAGAAGAAAACAAAUGAUGUCAAUGGCGAGGCAGAAGAUGAUAUCGAGGUACCUGAAAAGAUUGUCAGUUCAGAGUAUUUCGCCAUGGGAGGUCCUCACGAUAGGGUUUACUGGCCAGAGGGUAUGGAAGAUUGGUUACGGCCCAAGAAGAGAGAAGUGAAGAAGGCAAAAGAUGGGAAAGACGGAGAGACGAAGAUGAAGGAAGACGGAGAGACAAAGGUGAAGGAAGAAGACGAGUAA